AAGGCCCUAUGAUUUUAACCCCCGGUUCUGGUCAGAGCACGGCCCACAGCGCGACCGUGAGAGAAAGUUUAAAAGCGGGCGGUUUCCUCUCCGCCUUCCUCGCGCAGGGUUGGGGGUGUCCGUUUGUCCGUCUGCGCUCGAAGAGAGGUAGGGGUAACGAGCCGCACUCCCGGGUCGCGUGGACCGCGACUCUGACCCCACCCUUCCACGGGGAGACGAAGUACUAGAUUCUUAAGAGAAGUCUUUGGGGUGCCCAGCAAUUGUGAAGAUCACUGGACAGUUCUGUGUUUCUUCAUCACCACAAGGUUAAAAAAUAAAUCAUGACUGAAUCUGCCUCUAGCACAAGUGGUCAAGAGUUUGAUGUAUUCAGUGUUAUGGACUGGAAAGAUGGAGUAGGCACAUUACCAGGAAGUGACUUAAAGUUUCGGGUAAAUGAGUUUGGAGCCUUGGAAGUUAUUACAGAUGAAAGUGAGAUGGAAAAUGUUAAAAAAGCAACUGCUACCACCACUUGGAUGGUACCAACUGCUCAAGAAGCCCCGACCUCUCCCCCGAGCUCCAGGCCCGUAUUUCCACCUGCCUACUGGACAUCUCCACCUGGAUGUCCCACAGUCUUUUCAGAGAAGACUGGGGUGCCUUUCAGGCUGAAGGAUCCACUGAAAGUAGAAGGGCUUCAAUUCUGUGAGAACUGUUGUCAGUAUGGCAAUGUAGAUGAGUGUCUUUCUGGAGGAAACUAUUGCAGCCAGAAUUGUGCUCGGCAUGUCAAAGACAAGUAUUGUUUCCUGUCACUAUUUUGGGGUUAUAAACACAACAGAGAGCAGAAGGAAGAAAGGGACGUAGGAGAAGACAACGAGGAAGAGGAUCCUAAGUGCAGUCGAAAGAAAAAACCAAAAUUAUCUCUGAAAGCCGACCCCAAGGAGGAUGGAGAUGAGAGAGAUGAUGAAAUGGAGAACAAACAAGAUGGAAGGAUCCUGAGGGGUUCACAGAGAGCCCGAAGGAAAAGACGAGGGGAUUCGGCUGUCUUAAAGCAGGGUUUGCCUCCUAAAGGCAAGAAAGCUUGGUGUUGGGCAUCCUAUCUGGAGGAGGAGAAAGCCGUGGCAGUGCCUGCGAAGCUGUUCAAGGAGUACCAGUCGUUCCCAUAUAACAAGAAUGGAUUCAAAGUUGGCAUGAAGUUGGAAGGCGUGGACCCUGAGCAUCAGUCCGUCUACUGCGUCCUCACUGUAGCCGAGGUUUGUGGAUACCGAAUAAAGCUUCACUUUGAUGGAUAUUCUGAUUGUUAUGACUUCUGGGUAAAUGCAGAUGCUCUGGAUAUUCACCCAGUUGGGUGGUGUGAGAAAACUGGCCAUAAACUCCAUCCUCCAAAAGGAUAUAAAGAAGAAGAAUUUAAUUGGCAGACUUAUCUUAAGACAUGUAAAGCCCAAGCUGCUCCUAAAUCAUUAUUUGAAAAUCAGAAUAUAACAGUGAUCCCAUCAGGCUUUCGAGUUGGAAUGAAGCUUGAGGCUGUAGACAAAAAGAAUCCUGCGUUCAUCUGUGUUGCUACGGUAACAGAUAUGGUGGACAAUCGUUUCCUGGUACAUUUUGACAACUGGGAUGAGAGCUAUGACUAUUGGUGUGAAGCAUCUAGUCCCCAUAUUCAUCCAGUUGGUUGGUGUAAAGAACAUAGAAGAACCCUUAUUACUCCACCAGGAUACCCAAAUGUGAAACAUUUUUCUUGGGAUAAAUACUUAGAGGAAACGAAUUCUUUACCUGCUCCUGCAAGAGCUUUCAAAGUGAAACCUCCACAUGGAUUCCAGAAAAAAAUGAAGCUUGAGGUUGUAGACAAAAGAAACCCCAUGUUUAUUAGAGUCGCAACUGUCGCAGAUACAGAUGAUCACCGAAUAAAAGUUCACUUUGAUGGCUGGAAUGGUUGCUAUGACUACUGGAUAGAUGCAGAUUCUCCUGACAUUCACCCCGUGGGCUGGUGUUCCAAAACUGGACAUCCUCUUCAGCCUCCCUUGAGCCCAUUAGAGUUAAUGGAAGCUUCAGAACAUGGUGGAUGCUCAACCCCAGGAUGUAAAGGGAUUGGCCAUUUUAAGAGAGCCAGGCACCUGGGUCCUCACAGUGCUGCCAACUGUCCCUAUUCAGAAAUCAAUUUGAAUAAAGACCGCAUUUUCCCAGACCGCUUAAGUGGUGAGAUGCCUCCAGCUAGCCCAUCAUUUCCAAGAAAUAAAAGGACAGACACGAAUGAAAGCUCUUCAUCUCCUGAAAUCAGAGACCAGCAUGCUGAUGAUGUCAAAGAAGACUUUGAAGAGAGAACAGAAAGUGAAAUGAGAACAUCACAAGAAGCCAGAGGUGCCCGGGAGGAACCUACUGUACAGCAGGCACAGCGGAGAUCAGCUGUCUUUCUGUCCUUUAAGUCCCCAAUUCCAUGUCUGCCCUUACGCUGGGAGCAGCAGAGCAAACUUCUUCCAACUGUCGCUGGGAUCCCUGCGAGUAAAGUUUCCAAAUGGAGCACAGAUGAGGUGUCAGAAUUCAUACAGAGCUUACCUGGGUGUGAAGAACAUGGAAAAGUGUUUAAAGAUGAACAAAUCGAUGGAGAAGCAUUUCUACUCAUGACCCAAACGGACAUUGUUAAAAUCAUGAGCAUUAAGCUGGGCCCUGCUCUCAAAAUUUUCAAUUCUAUUCUGAUGUUCAAAGCUGCAGAGAAGAAUUCUCACAAUGAACUUUGAAGAUGGUGGCUUCUGAGUACCAUCAGCUUUCUGCUUUAAAGCUCAUGUUUUAUUCAAAGCACAAGGACGGUCAUAACUCCUAAGCGAGAAGUCUCCAAAACUCAAAAGAGCAACACUAUCUGAUAUUUAUAUUCCUCAAGAGACAGUAUAUAUGAAUUCUUAGGAAAGUGCUUGAGCUUUUAACCAGGUACUGUCUAACAACAGUCAUCUUUUGGUUCUGUUCACUGAGCUAAAUUUAUCUUUGUAAAUCUUUUUGAGGCUGGGGGGUGGGGGAAAGGGGGACCUCAUUAAUUAUUUAUGGUAAGGGGGGCAGAGUAAGAACUUUGGCAUUUUGUAAACAUUGUUGAAUUCUCUUUCAUGUACACUAUUUCUUUUUCAGUACUUUCAGAAACCUUUUUAUAUAAUUGAACUUAGACUUAAACCAAAUUAGUCAAAACCUGGCUAAGUCUAGCCAGUGGGACUGUUAUCUGUAUUGUUCAUUUGUGCCAUAUUUUGAAUUGCAACAUUAUGCUAAGUAUAACUUUGCAAGUCAUGAUAUUGCCUAACUGCGUGUCAUCAUUUGUUGGGGCCGGACAGUUGUAAAAAUUACUUUUCUUGAAAUCAGUGUUUUUACUUUUGCACGCUUUAUGAAAUCUUAAAUUACUUUUCACCAGCAUCUUUACUAUAAUUACCAAAAACAUGUAUAUAAAAGAAUGGAAUUGAAAAAUAAAAUAUAUAAACAUAAAUAAAUUAGGUAGCAUAUCUGAGUGGCAUCAGUCUCAUACAUCAUGGUGCCCAUGUUGUUUACGAGAGUCAGAUGGUACCAGAGGAAUGUGUGGAUACAUUGCGGUGGGGAUUGUUUGUACGGCUCUUGAACUGUUUAUGAGAUUAUCUUGAGCUUUUCUCUAAUUGUCAUUGAAGUAGCUUUUCAGCAAUGAGGGGUUCAUUCUGUUGGUGGAAACACUAAUCCAUGAAGAGCUGUCUCCAAUCUUGAGGUGCCUCCAAACCCAAAGACUUUCUUCAGGGUUGGCUGAAGAGCGAGUGUCUAGGUUUUAUUAUGCCGGCCAGGAGUGAGGGAGCAGCACCCAGGGACAUAGGUGCCUGUGCUCACAGGUCAGGGAGGCGAAUCCCAAAGCAGUUAUUCAAGAACCUCCAUUCUGGAUGGAUUCCCUUUUCUGUAAAAUACUUUGCCUCACUAUAUGAGCAUUCGGAUGCACUUUAAAUGAAAACCCUUGAUUAGAUAAACUGAUAGUUGGCAGUGUUUCUUUUUUAAGAAUGCAUUUCUAAGGGAAAAUUAAAUUAUUUUGUCAGUCUUUUGAUGUACUUUCGAAUUCCAGGAUUAGACAUUUAUUCAAGGACUAUUUUAAAAAUAGAAAGUAAGUUUGUAGCAUGCUGUCGGAAUUCUGAGGAAAGUCCCACCUCUUUCCUUAGUUGCUAUCAUUUUUUCCCUGAGGUAGAACUUUCUUUGAUGUGCCCUGUUGGGAGUCUGUUAGCAGUCCUUUGCAUUUGUCAUGAUUUAAGGUAAAAGAGGGUCAGUGACAUCUGCAGUGUCCCAUUCAUUUCUUUGCAUGAAUCUGCUAAGUAAGUUUUCGUUGUUGGUUUUCCCCCCUUUUUUAUGUUCUGUUCAGAAUCUGUACAUUCAAGUUGCACUUGUUAUACCUGAUAUGAAUGAAAUAAAGUCUUAAUUACAGA